GUUCUGUGCUUGUUGUAGCGGGAGGGGUCUCUUCGACUUUGGCAGGGGAAUAAAUUAUUUCGGUUGGUGAGCGGUGAGAUAUGAAACACGACACAGCGAUACCUACUAAUAUCAGAAGAGGCAAAUUUCGAAAACAAGUGCUGGGAUUCGCUGUUUGAAAACUCCUCUGCGGUAAUCUAAGUUACACCUUAUUCAAGAUAAUAACGCAAAAGUUGCUUAAACUUUGGAGACAGAACAGAGAAGAAAAUUCACUGAGACCUGUUUAAACUCUACGACGGCCAACCUAUAUUGGGCUACCGGAGAAAGGAUACAGCAAGUGGAUUCUAUUUUCUUGGGAAUUCACCUGGGCUUCAAAUCAACCCCGGACGGACGAUUUAGGCUUUUCUAUGAGACAGUAACAAAAUUGUAUUGACCAUUGUAUGACCAUGUUAAACAUAUUUUCUUUACUCGUCUCAUUAACUCAUCACAGGGAACACAAUCUGUCAUGCGGAAUAACUGUUGGAAGAGGAAAUUGUCAGUAAAAUCUUACAGAGUUGUUAAAUUAAUUGGAUCGUGACCAAAAUUCCAAAGAGGGAAAUGAACUUUCUUCUCUAUAAAUUUCAAGACUGGGUCAAUGAUUUACACUUCAACUCCGAUCGACAGUCCACUCAUCUGUAGACUUUGGAGACCUUUAAUCCAGCUAUUCAUUUAACUAAACUGAACUUUAGUUGGUUAACCGGUCCUAUGCUGUAUUUAUGCUUCAUUGGUAAGGUGCUUGUGCUUUUGGAACAAAAUGCUCCUUCGGUCUGGAAUGGAGCUUGCCCGUGAUUUAUAGAACAGAGGACCGUGGACAUGCUGCUGGAGCAAUUACCUUUUCCUUUUGGGAUUUCAUAUUUCCGAGAUGCAGUCAUAAAUUAAAGAAGGGACUGAGCUGAGAAAAUACUCAAGUCUACACAUUGCAAUUCCUGUGUUGUUUUUUUAACUACCUGUACUUUCAACGGAAUUAUCUCCCACCUCUCAUUCCCGCUCCCACCUCGUCCCAUGGCGACCACUGUUAAGCCCCCGCUGUGCGGUGUCGUCCGUUGGCUGCUGGUACUGCUACUCUCCCAGCAGCCCCGGCUCGCGCAAGGCGCCUCUAAGGACAUUGUGUGCGAGCCCAUUACGGUGCCCAUGUGUAAAGGCAUCGGCUAUAACUUCACAUACAUGCCCAACCAGUUCAACCAUGACACCCAGGAGGAGGUGGGCCUGGAGGUGCACCAGUUCUGGCCGCUAGUGAGGAUCCGCUGCUCCCCAGACCUGCUCUUCUUCCUGUGCAGUAUGUACACCCCCAUCUGCCUGGCUGACUACAAGAAACCCCUGCCUCCGUGCAGGUCAGUGUGCGAGCGAGCCAAGCGAGGCUGCUCGCCCCUCAUGAGCCAGUAUGGCUUCGAGUGGCCAGAGAGGAUGAGCUGCGAGCAGCUGCCAAUGCUGGGGGAUGAGACGCUGUGUAUGGACCAGAACAGCAGUGAGACCACCAUCUCCCCACCCUUUCCUAAGCCCACCCCCAAGGGCAGCACCCACCGACGCAGACCCCCGGCCCCCAAGCCCCCGGCCCCCCAAGAGUGUGACCGGGAGUGCCGCUGUCGAGACCCGCUGGUCACCAUCAAGAGGGAAGCCCAUCCGCUGUACAACCGGGUGUCCACCGGCCUCCUGCCCAACUGCGCCCAGCCCUGCCACCACCCCUACUUCUCCCAGGAGGAGAGAGCCUUCACCACCUUCUGGGUGGGGCUGUGGUCGGUCCUGUGCUUCUUCUCCACCCUCACCACCGUCGCCACCUUCCUCAUCGACAUGGAGCGCUUCAAGUACCCGGAGCGGCCAAUCAUAUUCCUCGCUGCCUGCUACCUCUUCGUCUCCCUGGGAUACAUCAUCCGGCUGGUGGUGGGGCACGAGCGCGUGGCGUGUAGCGGCGCGAGCGGUGUCGGCGGCGAGCAGCAGCACAUCCUGUAUGACACCACAGGCCCCGCCCUGUGCACCCUGGUCUUCCUGCUCGUCUACUUCUUCGGCAUGGCGUCAUCCAUCUGGUGGGUGGUGCUCUCCUUCACCUGGUUCCUGGCGGCGGGGAUGAAGUGGGGCAGCGAGGCCAUCGCGGGCUACUCCCAGUGUUUCCACCUGGCCGCGUGGCUCAUCCCCAGCGUGAAGACCAUCGUGGUGCUGGCCCUCAGCUCCGUGGACGGCGACCCCGUGGCCGGGAUCUGCUACGUGGGGAACCAGAGUCUGGAGAGCCUGCGGGGCUUCGUCCUGGCUCCCCUGGUGGUGUACCUCUUCACCGGCUCCCUCUUCCUCCUGGCCGGCUUCGUGUCGCUCUUCCGCAUCCGCAGCAUCAUCAAGCAGGGCGGGACCAAGACGGACAAGCUGGAGCGCCUGAUGAUCCGGAUUGGCCUGUUCACGGUGCUCUACACGGUGCCGGCUACGAUCGUGCUGGCCUGCCUGGUGUACGAGCAGCACUACAGGCCGAGCUGGGACCGGGCCCUGGCCUGUUCCUGCCAGGCGGAGCGGCAGCGUUUGGGCCUGGGCCCCGACUACGCUGUGUUUAUGCUCAAGUACUUCAUGUGCCUGGUGGUGGGCAUCACCUCGGGGGUGUGGAUCUGGUCGGGGAAGACCCUGGAGUCGUGGCGACGCUUCACCGCCCGCUGCUGCCCCUGUUGGACCCACAAGGCCACUGCACCCACCUCCAUGUACAGCGAGCCGACGACAGCACUGACCGCCCACCCUGGGGUCUCUCUCCCCCCCGGCUCCUACCACAAACCGUCCCCUCCCUCGCACAUAUAAACGCGCCCGCGGAGGGUGGUUCUCGUAACACACCUGGCUGUGUGGUAAGAGCGUGCGUGUCCUGACCCCCCUGUUGUCUGAGGGGCCGUCCGCCUCACCUGAGACCGUAAAGGCGUCAUGGAGGCGUGGGAUCUAACACGCCUGUUAAGAGGACAGCCAGUCGGAGGAAGGGGACUGGAGGGAGCGCUGUCAUGUUGUGGACGGGAGGAACAUUAUCAACCAGGCUGCCUCGCCAGCUGUCCCACUCAGACACAAACGAGCUCAUAUGUUUCAUAUCAUGAGAAGGACCGCUGGAGAAGACAGUGCUGUAAGAUGCUGAACGCACGAGCUCUGAUGUUCAUUAGAUGUUUUGUGGGCCCUCAGACGGACAUUCUGGAACUCUACCAGGGAUAAAAGGAACGGUCGGUUUGAUCCUCGACGCAGACCUCAUCCCUGCACUCCAGUCUGCAGCACUGUGGAGAGCUGUAUUUAUUCCUGUGUUCUGUGUAUUUGUGCUAUAGAACAUCUUGUAUGGUUUCAGCGGAAGAUUCUAUCCAAGACCCUUGUGUAAAUACAAUGAUGGAAAAGACCGUGGCAACUAAACAUUCUCUUCUUUGCUAGUCCCCUGUGAUGAAAUUGUGUGUGUGUGUGUGUAUGUAUAUAUAUAUAUGUGUAUGCUGCAGUAAGGACUGGCUAGGUGAAUCAUGGUUAAGUCUAAGUACCCUCAUCUGUACCAUUGUGCUUUCCGCCCCCUAGUGGUGUGUACUUGAACUACCCACCUGUCCCAAGAUGUACAUUACAACAUUAAUCUGCGGAGUAGGAAGUACAUUUAGCAACCUUGUUUCAUUCUUAUUGACAUUUUACAAUUGUUGAAAUUGUUAACAGUCUUCAUGUAAUCGGUGUAUGAAAGGGAAAGCCUAUUUGAAAUGGUAACCAAAAAAACGGAACAGGCCAAUCUUACGAGAUAGUGGAUUCCUCCAGCAGGACCUGAAACUGUAACCAUGUUGGCCUUUCUCUUCCUUACUGUGGUCGUGCCAGCGCCCUUGUGUUCAAGGUAGUAAGCCCAUGUUGUGUAAAACCACAGACUUCUAGAAUGAUAUAAAAUGGUUCAGAGCCUCUAUAUUUAAUUUAUUAGCCCAUUUCCUGAUUAAUAGCAUGUUUGUAGUGUGAGAGACUUUGUGCGUGAUUGUUCCAUCCACACUUUUAUAAACUGGUUUGGGAAUCAUUCUAUGGAUGAGUCUUGAAUGCAACUCUGUAUAUACUCAAUUCCUGGAGAACGUGAAAUGUGUCAAAUUCAUGGCUGAGAUUUUAGAUAUUAUUUAUGAAAUUGCAGUUUGACUGG